UGGCGUGUCUAUAACCGGGGAGGUUAAACGAGUGCUUCAUCUCGCUACAGUGUUUAUUUUAUCCUUUAGUCCUCCCAGUCGGUUAAUUCAAAAUGCCAUUUUGAACAGAGUUUUUACAAAUUUUUACAACGAGGAGGAACUUUUCUUGCCAACGGAUUAAUUUUUAGAUGGCUCCGAAAAACGAGGAUGAUGAUCUGACAAGCGACGCCGACUCUGGAAGUGGCUCUGAAUCAGACAGUGGAAGUGAUUCUGACAAAAGUAGAAGCAGUAGCCCUCAAAGAACAGCUGCACCCGCUCAGCAAGCCUACAGCAGUGAUAAUGAAAAGGAACCUAACAGUCCUCAGAGCAACCGUUCAGGCAGCCAUCCCGGGUCCAGAUCUGUAUCUAGGAGCCCUCGUCACUCUCGAUCGAGGUCAGCCUCAGGAAGUCCGAGAAGAUCUACAUCCCCAGCUGAUUCCAGGUCUCCAUCUGGAAGUCCCAGGAGGUCUGCUAGCCCCACUGGCUCUGGCUCGGCCGCUUCACCCGGUUCUAGGAAAUCCGUCAGCCCACGAGGAUCAAGGUCUCGGUCUGUGAGUCAAGCAAAAUCGGGAAGCCGGGGUGGUUCACGGUCUGGUUCGGGCAGCCCGGAAGGUUCCAGGGCUUCGAGGAGCAGGUCUAGGUCUGCAUCAGGCAGUCCGAAACGAUCUCCAAGCCCAGCAGGUUCGAGAUCGGGGUCUGGAAGCCCUCGUAAAUCUCGUUCGCCUGAAUCGGUCAAAUCCGGCAGCCCUAGGAGGUCGCCGAGCCAAGAGUCAGCAAGAUCAAGGAGUUCCAGUAAUGAAAAAUCAAAGUCGGGUAGUCCAAAGUCUGGAAGCGAAUCACCUAAAGGUUCGGUGAAAUCACAUAGGUCAAGGAGUGGAUCUCGAAGUAGCAAAGGAUCUCAUCGGUCAGGAAGUUCGAGGAGUCGCAGUGGCAGUCCUUCUUCUCCAGCUGUCAAUGGCGAUAAAAGAAGAAGUGAAGACGAAGAAUCAGAUGAAGGAAAGUCAUCCAGUGCCCAGAAAAGAAUCUUGUCGCAUAGUGAAGAUAGUGGCAGCAAUGUCGAUUCACCCAAAGCGAGGAAGAAGAAAACGAAAGCUAUAAAAUCAGGUAGUGAGGGGAGUGAUGAUGAAAAUAAAGAUUCAGCAACUGCUGAAGCACUUUUUGGUGAUGCUGAUGACAUCAGUUCUGAAGAUGAAGGGAAAAAAGGCAAAACUAGCGACGUUGAAGAUAUAAGGGAUUCUGGAGAUGAGAGGCGGGGAAGUGGAGACGAGGAAAAAAGAAGUGAUGCCGAGGAUAAAGAGGAAGAAGAAGAAAAAGAGGAUGAUCCGACACCAGAAACGAGGAUUGAUGUCGAAAUACCAAGGAUAAUAUGCGAUAUAGGCCGUGAACUCCAUUUUGUCAAACUACCCAAUUUUCUUUCUGUCGAGACGAGGCCCUUUGGGGCUGACACUUAUGAAGAUGAAAUAGACGAAGAAGAGACUCUGGACGAGGAAGGGCGUGCUAGGCUGAAGUUGAAAGUAGAAAAUACGAUCAGAUGGAGGGAGAACUUGGACAAAGAUGGUAACACAAUUAAAGAAAGUAAUGCCAGAAUAGUCAAGUGGUCUGAUGGCAGCAUGUCUCUCCACCUUGGAGGGGAAAUUUUCGAUGUCUACAAACAGCCAUUACAGGGAGAUCAUAAUCACUUGUUCAUCCGACAAGGUACAGGUUUGCAAGGCCAGGCUGUAUUCAGAACCAAGCUUACUUUCAGGCCACACUCCACGGAAUCUUUUACUCACAAAAAGAUGACGCUAUCACUUGCUGAUAGAUCACAAAAAUCAUCUGGUAUCAAAGUCCUCUCUGAGGUCGGACCAGACCCUGACCAGCAUAGGGAUGUUAUGAUUAAGAAAGAAGAAGAAAGACUUCGAGCGACUGUUAAAAGGGAAAGCAAGGCUAAAAGAACACGUGAAAGGGGGACUGGAAGACCUCUUAACACCUCAUACCUUGAACCUGACAGGGAAGACGGCUCUGACGAUGAAGGGGCUAUUUCUCUCAAUGCUAUUAAAAAUAAAUACAAUCAGAAAGGUGAUCAUAAAAAACAAAACAUUUACUCUUCUGAUGAUGAAGGAUCAGACUUGGAAGCAAGAAGACCUCGGAGGAUAGAUAAAAUAAGAGCAUUGAAGGACUCAGAUGAUGAGGAAGAAGACAAUGAAAAUGCAAGUGCUGCUUCUGAUGAAUCUUAAGAAUGAAUGCUCAACUUUAAAACAGACUAGUUUGUUGUACAGUUUUUAUUUCAAGAUUAUUGUGUUUUUUAUAUUAAAAACAAAUAAAUAAUUAUUUUUAUUGA